AUGCCUAACAACAACGUGCGGGAAAAUUCACUUAUACCAUCAAGGAAGAUUAUUCAUCUACUUGUUAGUGUAAGUAACCUUCUACCAUCCGUGAUUGUUGCUGCUUUAUUUAGCAAAGUUGUUGGAUCCAAAAUACAUUUUUCUGAAUGGAUUGAUGACAAGUUCAAUGAAUGUGAAAUUGGGAAUUUUGACGGGAAAAACAAUGGAUAUUUGAAGAGUGGGUUGAGUUUUGCGUUAAGAAAAGCUAGUGAUAUUCUUGACCAAAUGAUAGAUACCCAUAAGCCAUUUUCACUUUCAGAUGUUGUAGAUGCAGUUGCAAGUGUUAGAAUGUUUGAUGAGGCUGUCUGUUUACUAUUAAGUUUCAAGAAUGCGGAUAUGUUUCCGAAUUCGGUGUGUUUGAACUCUAUGAUGAAUGAUCUGUUGAGGAAUAAUAAGAUGGAUUUGUUUUGGAAGGUGAAUGAGAGGUUAGUUGAGGCUAACAUGACUCGUGAUGUUUAUACGUAUAGUCAUGUGAUUAUGGCGUAUUGUAAAAGUGGGAAAAUGGAUGAGACGAAAAGGAGAUUUCAAGAUGCAAAAUUGCUUUUAGAAGACAUGUUAAAUGCGGGUUUGUAUCCGGAUAGUUUUACAUAUACCGCGUUGAUCGACGGAUUCUUGAAACAAGGCGAAGUAGACGAGGUGUUCAAGAUGAAAAACGAAAUGGUCGCUAAAGGGAUCAAAGUUAAUCUUGUGACGUUUAAUUGCAUAAUCGAUGGAUUAUGUAAGCUCGGUUAG